UCUCACAGAGACCUCUCACAGAGACCCCCAUAGACCCUCACGGAGACCCUCACAGAGACCCCCAUAGACUCUCACAGAGACCCCCACGGAGACCCCCAUAGACCCUCACAGAGACCCCGCCGUGGCGUUGGGCGACCUUUAUUGGUGGGUGUUUGCGGACGAUGGGGUCAAUCAUGCUCACGGGGCACCGUGGAGGAUCGCAUCGGCAAGUGGCAGACGUGGGGAGCACACAGACGGCCAUUGCCUCGCUCGCGACCAGCACGGCCUCACUCACUCGCUCGCUCGCGACCAACACGGCCUCACUCGCUCGCUCGCUCGCGACCAACACGGCCUCCCUCGCGACCAACACGGCCUCACUCGCGACCAACACGGCCUCACUCACUCGCGACCAACACGGCCUCACUCGCGACCAACACGGCCUCCCUCGCGACCAACACGGCCUCACUCGCUCGCGACCAACACGGCCUCACUCGCUCGCGACCAACACGGCCUCACUCACUCGCGACCAACACGGCCUCACUCACUCGCGACCAACACGGCCUCACUCACUCGCGACCAACACGGCCUCACUCACUCGCUCGCGACCAACACGGCCUCACUCACUCGCUCGCGACCAACACGGCCUCACUCACUCGCUCGCGACCAACACGGCCUCACUCACUCGCUCGCGACCAACACGGCCUCACUCACUCGCGACCAACACGGCCUCACUCACUCGCUCGCGACCAACACGGCCUCACUCGCUCGCGACCAACACGGCCUCACUCACUCGCGACCAACACGGCCUCACUCACUCGCUCGCGACCAACACGGCCUCACUCACUCGCGACCAACACGGCCUCACUCACGACCAACACGGCCUCACUCACUCGCUCGCGACCAACACGGCCUCACUCGCUCGCGACCAACACGGCCUCACUCACUCGCUCGCGACCAACACGGCCUCACUCACUCACUCGCUCGCGACCAACACGGCCUCACUCACGACCAACACGGCCUCCCUCGCGACCAACACGGCCUCACUCACGACCAACACGGCCUCACUCGCGACCAACACGGCCUCACUCACGACCAACACGGCCUCCCUCGCGACCAACACGGCCUCACUCGCGACCAACACGGCCUCACUCACUCACUCGCGACCAACACGGCCUCACUCGCUCGCUCGCUCGCUCGCGACCACGACCACGACCACGACGACCACGACGAAUCGAUCGCAAGGUCUUGGGAGCUCGCCGCCCGCCCCACCACGACGGCCCUGGACCACCGUAGCCCCUCGUCCUGGCCGCCCGUGGCCGGCCAAGGCCCUCCGCGAAACGUCGCCGUCCCCACCGGGGCCGCCGUUGAUGCCCCGCCGCCGUUGAUACCGCCGUUGAUGACGCCGUUGAUGCCCCGCCGUUGAUGACGCCGUUGAUGACGCCGUUGAUGCCCCACCGUUGAUGCCGGCCGUUGAUGACGCCGUUGAUGCCCCGCCGUUGAUGCCCCACCGUUGAUGCCCCGCCGUUGAUGACGCCGUUGAUGACGCCGUUGAUGCCCCACCGUUGAUGCCGGCCGUUGAUGACGCUGUUGAUGCCGGCCGUUGAUGACGCCGUUGAUGCCCCGCCGUUGAUGCCCCACCGUUGAUGCCCCGCCGUUGAUGACGCCGUUGAUGCCCCGCCGUUGAUGACGCCGUUGAUGCCCCGCCGUUGAUGACGCCGUUGAUGACGCUGUUGAUGCCGGCCGUUGAUGACGCCGUUGAUGACGCCGUUGAUGACGCCGUUGAUGCCGGCCGUUGAUGCCCCGCCGUUGAUGCCCCACCGUUGAUGCCGGCCGUUGAUGCCCCGCCGUUGAUGACGCCGUUGAUGACGCCGUUGAUGCCCCGCCGUUGAUGACGCCGUUGAUGACGCCGUUGAUGACGCUGUUGAUGACGCCGUUGAUGCCCCGCCGUUGAUGACGCCGUUGAUGACGCCGUUGAUGACGCCGUUGAUGCCCCGCCGUUGAUGACGCCGUUGAUGCCCCGCCGUUGAUGACACCGUUGAUGACGCUGUUGAUGACGCCGUUGAUGCCCCGCCGUUGAUGACGCCGUUGAUGCCCCGCCGUUGAUGACGCCGUUGAUGACGCCGUUGAUGCCCCGCCGUUGAUGCCCCACCGUUGAUGCCGGCCGUUGAUGCCCCGCCGUUGAUGCCCCACCGUUGAUGACACCGUUGAUGCCGGCCGUUGAUGCCCCGCCGUUGAUGCCCCGCCGUUGAUGACGCCGUUGAUGCCGGCCGUUGAUGCCGGCUGUUGAUGCCGGCCGUUGAUGCCGGCCGUUGAUGCCGGCUGUUGAUGCCCCGCCGUUGAUGACGCCGUUGAUGACGCCGUUGAUGCCCCACCGUUGAUGCCCCACCGUUGAUGCCCCGCCGCCGCUGUUUCUGAUCGACGUCUCGAUGUUUCGAUUCGACGGCCUCUCACCGCUUCCGGCUCGUUAGGCGAAGUGCGCCGCGUGGAUGGGUGAGUAUGGAUCGAUGGGUGUGGAUCGAUGAGUAUUGAUAGGUGAUUAUGGAUAGGUGAUUAUGGAUAGAAGAGUAUUGAUAGAUGUGUAUGGAUAGGUGAGUAUUGAUGGAUGAGUAUUGAUAGGUGAUUAUGGAUAGGUGAUUAUGGAUAGAAGAGUAUUGAUAGAUGAGUAUGGAUCGAUGGGUAUUGAUGGAUGAGUAUUGAUAGGUGAUUAUGGAUAGGUGAUUAUGGAUAGAAGAGUAUUGAUAGAUGAGUAUGGAUCGAUGGGUGUUGAUGGAUGAGUAUUGAUAGGUGAGUAUUGAUAGGUGAGUAUGGAUAGAUGAGUAUUGAUAGGUGAGUAUGGAUGGAUGAGUAUGGAUCGAUGAGUAUUGAUAGAUGAGUAUGGAUAGAUGAGUAUUGAUAGAUGAGUAUUGAUAGAUGUGUAUGGAUAGGUGAGUAUUGAUAGGUGAGUAUGGAUCGAUGAGUAUGGAUCGAUGAGUAUUGAUAGAUGAGUAUGGAUAGAUGAGUAUUGAUAGAUGUGUAUGGAUAGGUGAGUAUUGAUAGGUGAGUAUUGAUAGAUGAGUAUGGAUAGAUGAGUAUGGAUAGAUGUGUAUGGAUAGAUGUGUAUGGAUAGAUGAGUAUGGAUAGAUGUGUAUGGAUAGAUGAGUAUUGAUAGAUGAGUAUGGAUAGAUGAGUAUUGAUAGAUGAGUAUUGAUAGAUGAGUAUUGAUAGAUGAGUAUUGAUAGAUGAGUAUUGAUAGAUGAGUAUUGAUAGAUGAGUAUUGAUAGAUGAGUAUUGAUAGAUGAGUAUUGAUAGAUGAGUAUUGAUAGAUGAGUAUUGAUAGAUGAGUAUUGAUAGAUGAGUAUUGAUAGAUGAGUAUUGAUAGAUGUGUAUGGAUCGAUGAGUAUUGAUAGAUGUGUAUUGAUAUAUGAGUAUUGAUAUAUGAGUAUUGAUAGAUGAGUAUGGAUAGGUGAUGCGCGCGGGCGGGUGAGGAGGUGGAGGCGUUGAACGGAGGGGAGCUUGCGUGCGGCCCCCACCGCUCUCAAUCCGUGUGUUCGAUUAAUUAGUCCCCCACACACACACACACAC